UCCUUACGUGACACGUGAAGUUCUCUCUCUGAUUACUGUCCCUGAUGUCCUCGCAGUUGGCUGCUGUUCAAGUGGACUUCGUGUUUGGCAUUUGGAGAGUGUUCAACAUUGCCUUUUGUUAGUAAGAAAGGAUGGCAGCGUGGAGGCGGAUAGCCUUUAGAUUACUCACUGCUCGUCUUUUUAGAUGCAAGCCUGUAAGUCUUGGUCGAUGUGCUAGAGAGUUCACCUCUUCCAAAGCACUGCGAAAAGGCAAUGACUUUUUUAAAGAUUUGGAAUCAGAAAUGAAGAAAUUCCAUGAAAAGUUUGUAACUGCACUACCUGGCAGUGAUUGGACACCCAUUCAUAUGAACACAAAUCUGCCUCCGGAGAGAGCUGACAUUGUCAUUGUUGGUGGAGGGAUAAUGGGUUGGGCAAUUGCAUAUUGGCUAAAAAAGAAGGAAAGAAUUCGAGAUGGUGUGAGAGUUGUGGUAGUGGAGCGUGACCCAACGUACACCCAGGCCUCCACAGUGCUCUCAGUGGGAGGGAUACGGCAGCAGUUUUCAAUGCCAGAAAACAUUCACAUGUCUCUCUUCUCUUGCUACUUCUUAAGGAAUAUCAAUGAAUACCUUUCAGUUAUGAAUGAAGACCCAAUUGAUGUCCAGUUUAACCAUGCAGGGUAUCUGUUUCUUGCAAGUGAAAAUGGUGCCCAAGUCAUGGAGGAAAAUUAUCAUAUUCAGAGGAGAGAGGGAGCAAAUGUCAUUCUUUUAUCACCAGAGCAACUGAAGAAAAAAUUUCCUUGGAUCAACACAGAAGGAGUUGCUCUGGCAUCAUAUGGUUUGGAGAAUGAAGGUUGGUUUGACCCAUGGAUUCUUUUAAAUGCUUUUCGAAAGAAGGCAAUAAGCAUGGGGGUAUACCAGUGCUUUGGAGAUGUUACAGGAUUCAAAACUUCAAGCAGGCAGAUGGUGACUGCAAGUGGGGAGAAGGUAGAUUUUAAAAGAAUCCAUCAUGUCAUUGUACAGAUGCCAAAUAGUGCAGAGUACCAACCAGUGGAGUGUGCUUUAGUAGUGAAUGCUGCUGGUGCCUGGUCUGGUAAUGUGGCACAAAUGGCAGGGAUUGGUGAGGAUUCAAAAGACAAUAUUCUAAGCAUGCCAGUACCAGUGGAACCAAGAAAGAGGUAUGUGUAUGUGUUUCAUUCCCCUGAAGGACCAGGUCUAGAUAUGCCUAUGCUCAUUGAUAACAGCGGAGCCUAUGCAAGACGAGAAGGACUGGGAGGAAAUUAUCUUGGUGGACAGUCUCCUACCGAGGAUGGUGAGCCUGAGGUUUCCAACUUAGACGUCAAUUACGACUUCUUUACAGAAAAUGUGUGGCCCAACUUGGCAAACAGAAUUCCUUCCUUCCAAAACCUUAAAGUGAAAAGUGCCUGGGCUGGAUAUUAUGAUUACAAUACCUUCGAUCAGAAUGCAAUCUUGGGAAUCCAUCCACUGGUUAACAACUUAUACUUUGCCACUGGUUUUAGUGGUCAUGGGAUCCAGCAAGCUCCAGCUGUAGGACGAGCAAUAGCAGAACUGAUACUAGAUGGUGAUUUUCAGACUCUUGACCUCACAAAUUUAGGCUUCAAACGUUUAUUCAUUGGGGAGAAGAUGCUUGAAAGAAAUAUAGUGUGACCUGUGCCGUCCAGCAGAAUGAAAUAUUUCUUGUUGAAUUGAACCAAACACCUACUAUUGCAAUGUGUAACAGACACUCCAUUUAUAUGCAAUAAAGUGCUUCUCGUAGCACCCAUAACAUCUGACAGCAGCUGUUUUCAUUGCAUACAGAAACUUUGUUAACAUGUUGGCUGAUAAAAUGACAUAUUAUUAAACAGAUUCUAUUAUGAUGGUUCUUAGUUUCAUGAAGGGGUGGGUCUAAUUCGAGGGGGCCAGAGGAGGACUUUAGUGAUACACAAAUAUAAUGUGAUUUACAGUAUUAAUAAACGAUUUCAAUAAUUGUUUUCAUUUUAUCAUGCUUUUUAUAUGUAGCUGAAAUUUUGACAUUAAAGGAAACCUCCACAUAAUAUAUUUCUUCACCUAUGUAGUUUGUAGUGAUGGCUCAGUAAAUAUUUGAAUUUCAUGCAGAACAGAAAUAAAAAAGUUUUUCAUACAAAAGAAGCUAAUGGUGUCCAAUAUUGAACAGCAGCAAAUGAUAUCAAAACAUCCAUGAAGUCAAUCUCCAGUUCCUCGUGUCCCAUAGGGCACCUGUUGAGUUAUUCAUUCGUAUACUUGCAAUGUCCCAAACACGUGUAUUCUUACUAAAAACAUUAAAUUGCAGAAAGUGCUCUCAUUAACUAAAACGUAAACCUUUGUCCCUUCAUAGGUCACAAGUCCAGCCCAGCAGCAGCUUAUUCAUUGGCUAACAUUGCGUUUCACAUGAAAUUGGCAGUGCAAAGUUCACUGAGACGUGUAAAUAUUAAAAAGUCAAAGAAAAGGAAGUGAAAACCUUGUCGGGAAAAUAUAAGCCUUGUACUUGAAUAUAUCUAAGAAGUUUCAAUAAGUAGAGCAGCUCACCUGUGCAGUUUUUUAUUUACCCGUUAUUAUUGUUAUUAGUAAUUAAUACUAGGUUUUAGUCUCAGGCUUGUUACUAUAUACUGUAUUUUUUUUUUACAAAAUUGAAGAUACAGUGCAUCCGGAAAGUAUUCACAGCGCAUCACUUUU